AUGUCAAACGCUAAUAGAACAGGCCGAGCAAUGACCUCGCAGAAAGAAAGCAUUCAAACUCUAUUACAGAAUUUCCACCAUACUGUCUUGUCAGAGAACAGUGACUUGAUUGAAUUACUCGGAAUUGCAAAGCAGUUGAAAUCGACUUCACCGCCAAAUGCCCCAUUUACUCUAUCUUCAAUAGUCAGAGGCUUAUACACGAAGAAUAACAGGCUUAUAUCCCUCGUUGCCAAGACAAUGCAUGAAUUUGACCAAUAUGGUACAGAAAGGUUUAAAAACUUCAUUAAUGACUUCAUACUAUGGAUACAAGAUGACAGCAUUGUGUUGUUUGAGAAAUAUAUUGCCCAAUUGAGCACUGUUCUUGCUGACGAUGCUGCUACGUUAAAAAGAUUAGUGGGUCCAAUCAAUAGCUUGAGGGACUACGCAAACUUUAUUGGUGACUGUAUCCAUUACUUGAGAAAUCCUUUCAUCCUUGAAAAAUUAUCAACAAUUUCAAAACAAUUACGUGCUAUUCAUGACAAUUAUGAGUAUGUCUCCCACUCAAGAGAAGUAAACAAUAUUCAAUUCUCCAAUAUCCGAUCAUUUAGGUCCACUGUUCUCAAGCAAAAAGAACUCGUAUCCAGCUAUUUCAAGACCGAUCAGAUUAUACGAAGAACUGCUCAUGCCAACAUUUCCCUCUGUGGAGACCAAAUCGAAUUGUUGCUUCUCGACUUGAUUGGCACCGGUGAUUACAAUGCGUUGGCAGUUUUAGAAAUCACAAGGAACAGCCAACACGAAAUAUGCAGGAGUUUGAGAUACCCUCCUUUCAGAGUUAACGAAUUAUCCAUGUCGCAUUCAGGCCAAACAAUUGAAUUGAAAGCUAUAAAUUUCCUGUCAACAGAGAAUCCUGGGAGCUCGAUGCAGAUACACUUUGAAGACGAACUAUUAUGUGACAAAUGGAUUAGGCACCUUUCAAAGUUGUGUCCUUUAGAGCGUGAUAACUCGCCAGUGAGUGAAAAGUUUUUGAUCAACUCAGACUCCAGCUCUUACAACAUGUCGGGUUUGGGGAUCAAUAUAGUGUCUGAUGCAGAUCGUAGAGAGGCUGUUUCGAAUAAGGUUCAAGCUCAACCUACAAACAGUGCCAAUUCUUUUAAAGAACCGUUUGAAUCGCCUGCCUCAUCACCAACAAAAUCAAGAGCUAGCUCGGAGUCUAUAAGAUCACAAUAUGAAAAGUCGUUGCCAAUCAUGAAAAAAGUCAUUACCGAGCAGCGCAAUUGUGAUCAUGAUGAUGACGAUAAUGACGAUGACGAAAAAUUGUUUCAAAUCAUCAAUCGAAGAAAGUACUCCGACGAUUGUCUGAAUGAUGAGGAGAGACCAAAAUCAUAUCAAGCUGAAUACUGUUCACCAGAAAGUGUGCAAUCAAUGGAUAAUGACGAUAUUGAGGGAAAACCUAUCGCACCUCCUCAAAUUUACCAAAACACAUUUGCUACUUCUGCGCCUGAUUUGGGAAUAAAACCCAAGAUGUACCAAUUGUCCACUGGCUCUGCCGUUGAUAUCACCAAUUUUGGGCAGUCACAUCAACCAUCAUUCAAAGGAUAUCCAGAAAAAAGACCAAGAAGGAAGUCAAUAUUAACUUUCUUUAAAAAGUCAUCCAAAGUGGACUUGAACGAAUCGCAAGAAAGCUUGACCACAAUUGCACCAAGGAAAGCCGAACUGCAACCCCCUCAAGUACCACCUAGUGCUACUCAAGCAACUGCGUCUGAAAUCGACUCAAACCCUGAAAAAACUAUGCCUAGAUCAGUUUCUAAUAUCCCAGCACCAUUUGCGUUGCCAUCUUCAACCUCUACAUACUUUUUCAAACCACAUGUUAAUGCGUCUGUGACAAGUAUAGCCAAACAGCAUAACAAUUUGGAAAUUCCUACGGAUUUGAAAGAUGUUAUCAACCUGGAGCUAACUUCGGAUGUUUACGUUUCCGAGUCGUCUCCUAAAGCAAUCAAAAUUUCUAAAUGGAAGCAUCAAUACGGGAAAUGGGAAAUGAUUACAGCUUCAGAAAACGUUUUUGUGAAGAUUGCUGUUAAUCAAGAGGCACAAAAGAGUUGGUUCCUUGUGUUCAAAGAAGAGUAUGAUGAAGACAUUGAAGAGAUUAUGGACAAACCGGUAUUGUUGCUUGAUAUUAACUCCUCAACCGAGGUGAGAUCUUCUUCAGGUUCGGAUCUACAGAUUCAAUCGAAAAAUGCAAUCAACAAAGAAGCCAUGCAAAUAAUGAUUAGAUGUUCAAAGGGGGCACUCAUUUCUGAAAUCAGAAGCAAUCUUCAAAAUUGUAUUGGCAUGGCCACUAAUUCAACUCGUCACCACUCAUUAAGUGCCUCCAAGUUACAAACCUCAGAUAAUACGUUGUCUUCGUCGUUGAUGGAUAAUCCUAGCAAAUCAUCCACUUUUACCAGCUUGAGCUCGCUUUCUAAUUCGAUGAAUGGCGACGACUUGUCUAACGCAUGUAUAAUCAACAAUCCCAAUGCAAUUCAUACAAGAGAAAUUGAAAUGACUAUUCGUUUGCAAAAACAACUACAGUCUUACUCACAGCGGAACAGCCCAUCCUCGUGGAAGAUAAUGUCAAUGAUGAACUUGUGUGUUGAAAAGAUAGUCGAUCACCAUCAAGUUGUAUAUCAUUUACGAUUAAACAGUGGUAGUGACGUUAUCAGUUGGGUGAUUACUGACGACAGGAAGAGCGAAACUAUCGAAAAGAUUGGAAAGGCUGGAUUGUUGAUAAAGAUAAGCGAGUCUGAACUUUAUAUGCUUGAAUGCAGAGGGAGGAAGGAGUUUAAACAAUUGUAUGAAAUAUUUUAA